GCAUUUCAUUUUCAUCUACUGCUUCAUAAUCCUCAAGAUCAUUACAAGACAGGACAAAAAUGGUUUCACCAACUUUGCUUCAUGGGACCAUAUUUGUGACAAUUUACGGGAUUGAUAAGUUACACACUGGAUGUGGAUUUCCUUUAGCUCAAAAGUGCGGGAGAAAGGUUAUAUAUCAAGUCAAGAAAAUAGUGUGCGGGCCUGAGGUUGUUGGUUCUCAAACGUAUGCAACCGUUGAUUUAGACAAGGCAAGGGUGGGGAGGACGAGAAUGCUUAAAACUCAUUCCUCAAAACCCCAAUGGAAUGAGUCAUUUCGCAUAUACUGUGCCCAUUUGACGUCAAAUGUUGUAUUUACAAUCAAAUAUGACAAUCCUGUUGGAGCAACACUAAUUGGAAGAGCUCAUUUACCAGCUCAGGAUCUUGUAAGAGGGGAUCUAGUGGACAGAUGGGUUCCUAUUGUAGAUGAAGAUUUUAAUCCUAUAGUAGGAGGUUCCAAAAUUCAUGUUACAUUGGAAUAUGUCAAUGUUGUUAAGCAGAAUUCCUGGUCUCGAGGAAUCGCAAGUCCUCAGUAUGGGGGAGUUCCUUCAACUUUCUUUCAUCAACGACAGGGUUGCAUGGUUACUUUGUAUCAAGAUGCUCAUGUGCAAGAAGAAUUUAGGCCUCCAAUCUUUCUAUCUGGAGGAAUUCAAUAUGAAUUUCACAGAUGUUGGGAGGACAUUUUCUAUGCAAUUAAUAACGCCAAACACUUGAUUUAUAUAACUGGGUGGUCUGUGUAUGUUGAAAUCACUCUGAUAAGGGACGGACAGGACAGACAUAAAGCCAAGCUCGGGGAUUUGCUGAAGAAAAAAGCCAAUGAAGGUGUGGCAGUUUUGAUGCUUGUGUGGGAUGACAGGUCUUCAGUUGGGGAUUUGAAGAAGGAUGGUUUGAUGGCAACUCAUGACCAAGAAACAGUAGAUUUUUUUCGCAACACAAAUGUAAAAUGUGUUUUGUGCCCUCGUGAUGCUGGUGGUAAAAGAAAGAAAAUUCAAGGGUAUGAAAUAUCUACCCUGUUUACUCACCAUCAAAAAACUUUAGUGGUCGACAGUGAAAUUCCUGGUGGACAAUCACAAAAGCGGAGGAUUGUGAGUUUUGUUGGCGGCAUCGAUCUUUGUGAAGGAAGGUUUGAUAUACAGAAACAUCCUCUUUUCAUGACUUUGGGAACUAAUUCAUUGCAUCAUGAGGAUUUCCACCAACCCAACUUUCCAGGUUCUUCUAUAAAGAAAGGCGGUCCAAGAGAGCCAUGGCAUGACAUUCAUUGCAAACUAGAAGGUCCUGUUGCAUGGGAUGUGUUGUUCAAUUUUGAGCAAAGGUGGAAAAAGCAAGCUGGCGGAAAGUUUAUAAUUCCUACGGAGAAGUUAGAAGAAUUCAUAAUCCAUCCAACUUCAAUCAAUCUGUCAUCAGAUCCCGAAUCAUGGAAUGUUCAAUUAUUUCGAUCUAUUGAUGGAGGUGCUGCUUAUGGUUUACCCAAUGAUGUUCAAGAAGCAUACAGAAUUGGUCUUGUUACGGGAAAAGAUCGCGUGAUUGAUAGAAGCAUUCAAGAUGCUUAUAUCAAUGCUAUCCGUCGAGCAAAGAACUUUAUAUACAUUGAAAAUCAAUAUUUCCUGGGAAGCUCUUACGGUUGGCUAUCAAAAGAUAUAAAAGUGGAGGAUAUUGCUGCUUUGCAUCUUAUACCGAAGGAGCUCUCAUUGAAGAUUGUUAGCAAGAUUGAAGCAGGGGAGAGAUUUGCUGUGUACAUUGUGAUUCCAAUGUGGCCAGAAGGAAUUCCUGAGAGUGGUUCUGUGCAAGCAAUAUUAGAUUGGCAAAGAAGGACAAUUGAAAUGAUGUAUUUUGAUAUUGCUGAAGCCCUUAAAAAGAAGGGACUUAAUACACAUCCCAGAGAGUAUUUAUCAUUCUUUUGCCUUGGAAAUCGUGAGAAAACAAUGUCGGGAGAAUAUUUACCCCCAGAGACACCAGAGCCAGGUAGUGAUUAUCAUAGAGCUCAACAGGCUAGGCGUUUCAUGAUCUAUGUUCAUGCAAAAAUGAUGAUAGUUGAUGAUGAAUACAUAAUCAUUGGAUCUGCCAACAUCAAUCAGAGGUCAAUGGACGGUGGAAGGGACACAGAGAUUGCAAUGGGAGCCUUUCAGCCUCUUCAUUUAACAACUUCUAUUGAACCAGCCAGGGGUCAAAUAUAUGGAUUCAGAAUGGCAUUAUGGUCCGAGCACACAGGAUAUCUGCCUAUGUCAUUCAACCAACCAGAAAGUUUGGGAUGUAUCCAAAUAGUGAACCAGACUGCCGACGAGCAUUGGAAAAUGUACACCAGCGAUACUGUUACUGAUCUUCCAGGUCAUCUACUCCCCUACCCCAUUGAAGUUACCAACGAUGGAGUUGUUAAAACUAUUCCAGGAUUUGAAGUGUUUCCUGACACCAAGGCUCAUGUGCUUGGCAACAAAUCAGAAUACCUUCCACCUAUCCUUACCACCUAGACCUGUAGAUAUGUUUAUCUUUAUUAUGCUAAAUAAUCUCACAAUAUGUAUUUGAUUUGUAUAUAUAA